AUGCCGAGCACCCAGCCGACGCUUCCUCCUGACCUCGCCAUGAGAUGCCCUGUGGAGAGAGAGUCCGCCAUGGUUCAUGGGAGAUGCCUGCUCUUCACCCUUGCUCACCUUGCUAUAUUUGGUGAUUUUUGGAAGAUACAUUGCAGUCUUGACUUUAGGAGAACGGCUCCUGCGUGCAGCCUGAAGCCCAGAAAAUCCAUGCUGGAAUACAAGAGUGUCCAAGAUGGAGACAUCAUCAUCGGAGGAAUAUUCAGUGUACAUUACCAGCUCUUUGCAUCCAAAGCAAUGAGUGACCGCCAGCUGACAUUGUGUAUGUUUCUUUCUCCCCAGUAUUACAGACACUUCCUGGCCUUCGUUUUCGCCAUUGAUGAGAUUAACAAUAAUCCGAAUAUUUUACCCAAUGUGACGCUGGGGUAUAUUGUGUACGAUUCUUGUUCCGAUGUGAUGAAAGCCAUAGAAGGUGUGAUGAAUAUAUUAUCUGGACUCAAGGUGGCCGUUCCUAACUACUCCUGCGCACGGCGCGACAAAGUGGUCGGUUUUAUCGGAGAUCUGUCCUCAGUCACAUCUCUGGCUGUAGCGCACAUCCUCUCGGUCUAUGGGUACCCCCAGAUCAGCUAUGGAACCACAAACCCUCUUCUAAGUGAGAAAAGCCCAUAUCCAUCAUUCUUUCAGACAGUUCAAGAUGAUCGUAUGCAAUAUGCAGCUAUUUCAGAAUUGCUUUUACGCUUAGGCUGGACCUGGGUGGGAAUCAUUACAUCGGCCGACGACAGUGGAGCAACAGAGAGUCAAGAGCUGAGCAAACAAAUGAUGGAACGGAAAAUCUGCAUUGAGUUCACCAUUGUACUAAAAAACCAGGAGAAAAUAAAUGACCGAUUCUCUUAUACGGAAUCCAGCAACAUCCUCCAAAAUUCAACAUCUCACGCUGUUAUCAUUUGCGGCUCAGUGUCAAUCCAGUUCUUCCUAACUUUGGAAGAGGACGACGAUCCGCUUUCCAGCAAGACUCUAAUCUUUUCUUCGUCGUGGUCUUUUAAUGCUGACCUUGGACAGGCCCCUGUGGCUGCGCUCAACGGGAGUUUGGUGUUUUCCAUCCCAAAAAGAAAAAUUCCGGGACUGCAAACUUUUCUACAAAAUGCCCACCCUUCCAAUCGGCCGGACGACGCCUUACUGGAAGAUAUCUGGGCACAAUUUUUUGAAUGCGUGACUCCAGACCAAGAAAAGAACAAAAUAUUUCAGACCAUUUACAAUCUAAAACUCCAAAAUUGCUCAGGAAACGAACACAUAUUAGACAUCAGUAACGUGGUCUACGAUACACAAAGCUUCCGAACGUCUUAUAACGUUUACACUGCAGGAUACAUCAUGGCCCAUGCUCUCCAUGACGCCUAUUACUCGGGAUCUAAGACGUCAUUUAAAUCCAAGACAAAACUGCAGCACUCCAUCCAAAAAGUUAACUUUACAGACCCUAUAGGAGAGGACAUUUAUUUCAACAACAAGGGAGCGAUCCCCACGCAGUACCACAUCUUCAACCACGUCGUCCUAGCUAACGGGACCUUUGUAGCGAGACUCAUUGGACGCUUUAGUAUGUUGGCGCCGGAGGGACAGAGACUCGUCGUUAACACGCGUGACAUCAUCUGGAAAAAGAACACAAACGAGGUACCCAGAUCCCAGUGCUCUGAAAGCUGCAAUCCAGGCGGUAGAAAGGUCGUAAAGAAAGGGAAACCAAUCUGCUGUUAUGACUGCGUCCGGUGCUCAGAGGGGGAAAUUUCCACAGAGAAAGAUGUUGAUGUAUGCAUCAAAUGCCCAGAAAACCAGUGGCCUAAUGAAAGAAGUGACAUGUGCCUGCCUAAAAUCCUUGAGUUCUUGUCAUAUGAAAUGGAUUUUAUUGCCUCGCUCUGUUCCUUUUUCUCUAUUUUCUUUUCUAUUCUUAGCGCCGUAGUACUGGCGCUAUUUAUUCAGUUUCGUGACACCCCGGUGGUGAAGGCCAAUAACCGGACCCUGAGCUUCAUCCUACUGAUCUCCCUUUCGCUCAGCUUCCUCUGUGUGUUACUUUUCAUUGGUCGCCCUGUAGAUAUAACCUGCAUGUUACGUCAAACGUCUUUUGCGGUCAUCUUCACCGUGGCUGUAUCUUCUGUGUUGGCCAAGACUGUCGUGGUCUGCAUUGCCUUUAAAGCCACCAGACCUGGAAAAAUCUGGAAGAAAUGGGCUGGUGCCAAAUUGUCAUAUGCUAUCGUUCUGUCUUGUUCCAUCAUUCAGAUUUGUAUUUGUAUCAGUUGGUUGGGAAUAUCUCCACCUUUCCAAGAUCUGGACAUGCACACGUCACCAGUUAAGAUCAUCGUUCAGUGUAAUGAGGGCUCGGUUAUUGCCUUCUACAGUGUCCUGGGUUAUAUGGGGCUUCUGGCAGCUCUUAGUUUUAUUAUAGCUUUUUUAGCCAGGACAUUACCGGACAGUUUUAAUGAGGCCAAGUACAUCACCUUCAGCAUGCUGGUGUUCUGCAGCGUUUGGAUUGCGAUGAUCCCGGCCUAUCUGAGCACCAAAGGGAAGAACAUGGUGGCCGUAGAGAUUUUUGCCAUUCUGGCUUCGAGCGCUGGGAUAUUGGGCUGUAUAUUUUUCCCCAAGUGUUACAUAUUGUUAAUGAAGCCAGAAAUGAACACUAAAACACAUCUGUUAGAGAUAAAGAGUAAGCAUACGAAUGCGGGCCUUUCUGCUUUAUCCCACCUGAGAAUGCAGGCCUUUCUGCUUUAUCACAACUCAGAAUGCGGGCCUUUCUGCUUUAUCCCACCUCAGAAUGCGGGCCUUUCUGCUUUAUCCCGCCCCAGAAUGCAGGCCUUUCUGCUUUAUCACACCUCAGAAUGCGGGCCUUUCUGCUUUAUCCCACCUCAGAAUGCGGGCCUUUCUGCUUUAUCACACCUCAGAAUGCAGGCCUUUCUGCUGUACACCGGAUUUACACAGAAGCCUGACAGGCACUACUAA